AUGGCUUACCUGCCACUUAUUGCGGAGGUACUUGGCGUUUCAGUCCGAUCGGAAAUUCAGUAUCUUGAGAAUCUAGAGGCAAUUAUGACAAAUACCAAUGAUUUUGGCUUUGGACUGCGGCGAAAGAUCUUCUUUCUCUUCUUAGGAGACGGUAUCUAUACACAAGAUGGGGAUGCACCUCACGUCGACGGUCUUCUUCGUCGGAUACCCGCCGAUGGAGCGGAGGUGGAUCUCCAGCCGUUGUUCUUCCGCCUAACAUUGGAAACGGUCACGGAACUCCUGUUCGGGAAAUCAAUCACUAGCAUGGGGUCUGCGGAUUUCAAGGGCCAGAAGUUUGCAGAGGACUUUGAUACUGCUCAGCGCUAUGUUGUGCAGCGCGUCAGACUACUAGACCUAUAUUGGUUAAUCAAUGGCCCUAGCUUUUGGCGUUCGUGUGCCUCUGUCCAUCAGUUCAUUGAGGAGAUGAUCGAAGAGCGGAUGAGAGAUAAUCUGGACAACAGUGAAAAGCAUGGGCAAUGUGUGUUCGGUUCUAUCGCGGAAGAUGCGAGCACCAGGGAAGUACUUAGGGGCCAGUUACUCAAUGUGCUCUUGGCUGGCCGAGAUACGCCAGCAUGCCUGUUAAGUUAG